GAACGAACGAACGACGACUUCUUCCUUCCUCCAAUGGCAAUGGCUAUAAGCCGCCUAUGACAAUGGUCAGGUCAUCGGCCACAGUCCACACAGAGAAGAACACGUCAAUAUUUGUUUAUUCAAUCAUCCAUCCAUCCCUCUUUACCCAGUCAAUCUCAAAUACCCUAUUAAUUCCUCCUAAUUAACAUAGCAGAUAGAAUUCGAUUCAAGCCAAGCCAAGCAAAGCAAAGCAAUGAAGAAGACCCAUUUGUUUACAGCUCUAAUUCUUUCAUCAUUUCUUUUCAAUUUCUCAUCUUACGCUAUACCCCAUUUCUUCCCCAAUGCCUCUGCAAUCCCGCCCUACCUCCUCCCCAACGUCACCGGCGGAGCGUGGGACGGCUUUCAGAAUCUCCUUGGAUGCCGUCCUGGUCAGAAAGUCGACGGCCUUGGAAAACUAAAGAAAUACUUCCAAUACUUCGGAUACAUUAAUUCCUCCUCGGCCAACGCCACCGACGACUUCGACGACUACCUUGAAUCUGCAAUCAAGACUUAUCAACUCAAUUUCAACCUUAACCCCACCGGAGAACUCGACAAUCCCACGUUGAAACAACUGAUGAUGCCCAGAUGCGGAAUCGCAGAUAUUAUCAACGGAUCAAGUACGAUGAAUUCAGGUAAGAACCCGCCGGCGUCUGCAAAUCUACAUAUCCAUAACGUUGCUCAUUAUACCUUCUUUCCCGGAUCUCCCCGGUGGCCUGCUAAUCGUCGGGAUCUGACGUAUGCAUUCCACCCGGAUAACCAAGUCCCUCAAAACGCUAAAGCUGUAUUCGCCAGCGCGUUCCAACGAUGGGCCGCUGUUAUUCCGAUGACGUUCGUGGAAACGUCGUCGUUUCAGGCUGCCGAUAUCAGAAUCGCUUUCGCUAGCGGCGAACACGGCGAUGGUGAGCCGUUUGAUGGCGUUUUAGGUACUUUGGCCCACGCCUUCUCACCGACUAGCGGGAUGCUUCAUCUCGACGCCGACGAGACAUGGGUCAUCGACGGCGACUUCAGUACGUCUUCGUCGAUAUUCGCGGUGGAUUUGGAAUCGGUGGUGAUUCAUGAGAUCGGGCAUUUGUUGGGUUUGGGUCAUUCGUCGGUGGUCGAUGCAAUGAUGUACCCGAGCAUCGCGUCGAGGACGAGGAAGUUGAAUCUCGCCGGCGACGACAUUGAAGGGAUUCAGGUCCUUUACGGGGCAAACCCGAAUUUUAACGGGUCAUCCACUACUCCAACUCCGACUGGCCAAAGAGAAACGAGUCCUAAUGGUGGGGUCCACAUUGGCGUGACUUAUUCUUCCCAAUUCUUAUUGGCAGCCGCCUUCACAUUAUUAUUAUCAUUAUUAUAAAUGCAACUUCAUUUUUUUUUAUUCAAUUUAAUUGCUAUAUCUUUUUUUUUUAAUUGAACGGGUGCAUAUGUCGUGUUACUUUGUGUAAUUGUUCUUGAUUGUAUAUUCCUAUUCAUAUAUAUAGAAAUAAUGGAGUUUUGACUUAGACUUUU